ACUGUAGAUUUAUGUCAUAACCUCAAAUCUACUGUUCGUAAAAAUAUUUUUCAGUAGGUUCAAAAUCUUGGAAACAUGAAUAAACUAUUACGAAAAAUAUUAUCUAAUAACAGUUAUUCGAUCAUAAGGCACUAUAGCGGGGGACUCUAUGAACCAUCCUACCUUGAGGCCAUGAAACCAAAGACACCCCUUUAUGACACAAUAAAUAUUCAAUUACGAGGAUACGAUUAUGCCAUAUUAGAGAAUUACCAGAAGUUCAUUCACAACAUUCUAAAAAAUAUGGAAGUCAACGUAGAGGACUGUUGGGCAACUCCUGCUCAACAUAUGCAUAUAUCUACUUACAAGCCCAAAAGUGAAGUCAUCAAUGCACAAUACAAACUUAAAAUCUAUGAGAGAACUGUUCAAAUCACUGACGUAUCAUCGCUUCAGCUUCCACUCGUUUUAAGAACAGUGGAAGCCAGCUUACCAGCUGGAGUAUCUGUAGAAGUCAGACCUCACGAAGAAGCUGACGAGGAGGUUCGAUAUGUUCCAGACAAAGAACUCCAUUCUCUGAAGCAAGAGUUGGACGAUUUGGGAGGCCCGUCCAAAACGAAAAGAUAGAAAAUGAAAUGUUUUUAUUUAUUUUAAUAAUAGCAAAACAAAAAUUUGAUACUA